UUUUUGAAGGCUGACCACAAGAGUUAUUAUGUAGCUCAAAUGACCCUCCUGCCUAGACCUUCUGAGUAAGUGAGAUUACAGGCUAUUCACUGCUAUACCUGGCUUGGCUGAGAUCCUAUAUGCUCAUCACCUCGUGGCUAGAACCAGGCUUCAGUCAUGAGGAUCCAUUACCUUCUCUUUGCAUUUCUCCUGGUGCUGCUGUCUCCACUUGCAGCCUUUACCCAAGUAAUCAAUGAUCCAAUAAAAUGCCUAAUCAAUGGAGGCAUCUGCUGGGGUCCGUGCAAAAUUGGUUAUCGACAACAAAUUGGCCAUUGUGGCCUUCGUAAAUUCAGAUGCUGCAAGAUAAGAUCGAUAAAAAGACCAAGAACCACCGAGAUGAAUGAACUGCCAGAGUUUUCCCCUCAUGAAGAUGCACAAAACAAACCAAAUUAAAGUUCUUUGGUUACCUUCUGUAACUCCA